GGCAGGAUAAACCCUAGCUAUGAGGUUCGAGGAUCUGGCGCUCAGCGCCGAGACGCUGGCUGUGCUGCGCGGCAAUGGCUUCUACGAUCUCACGCCAGUUCAGGAGCGCAUUAUCCCGCAGCUCUGCCGCGGCCAAGACGCGCUCGUUUGCGCCGUCACGGGCUCCGGUAAGACGCUUGCGUUUGUCGUCCCCAUCGUUGAGAUCCUUCGCAAGCACUCGGCUUCCUUCCAUCCAGGACAGGUUGGAGCGAUUGUUGUGGCACCGACCAGAGAAUUGGCGUCUCAGAUCUUUGAUGUGUCGCGGCCCUUCUUUGCAGGCCUAAACGAGUUUGAUCCUGUGCUGCUUGUUGGUGGUGCCGACGUCUCUUUGGAUGUUUCCAGCAUCGAGAAGUGCCCCCGAGCUAAAUUUUUGGUUGGCACUCCUGGCCGCCUGCUGGACAUCAUGCAGCGGUGUUCUUCUCACUUGGAUUUUUCUUCCUUGAAGGUUUUGAUUCUGGAUGAAGCGGACCGGCUGCUCGAGAUGGGACACGAUCACCGCGUCUCGGAAAUCAUCAGUCUGCUUCCUGGACAACGGAUAACCGGGCUUUUCUCUGCGACGGAAACAAAGGAACUUGCGGUGAAAGCUGGUGUCCGGCAGGAAUACAGCUUUCAAACGAAAAAACAGACUCCUUCGACACUCAGUGUACAGGUAAGCGUCUAUUUUAUCGAUGAGGAGAGCACUAACUCUGACUUCUCGCAGUAUCUCAUCAGCGAUGCUGAUGAAAAGUCCUCACAGUUAGCACAAUUCCUUCUUGAACACAAGUCCAAGAAAACUAUUGUAUACUUUAUGACCUGCGCCUCCGUGGAUUACUGGGGAACCGUCCUUCAGAAGGUUGAUAUCAUGAAGAAUGUGUCGAUCGUGGUGCUACAUGGUAAAAUGAAACAGAAAUCCCGUGAAAAUGCCUUGCAAAGAUUCACCGACAUGCCAUCGGGUGUGCUCUUCUGCACUGAUGUCGCUGCUCGCGGACUCGAUAUACCUGGUGUCGACUGGAUUGUGCAGUAUGAUCCUCCUCAAGAUCCAAACACGUUUGUUCAUAGAGUCGGGCGUACUGCAAGAAUUGGACGCGUUGGCCAUUCUGUUGUGUUCCUUCUUCCAAAGGAGGAUACGUAUGUGGGGUUUCUGCGCAUAAGGAACGUUCCCGUCGAAGAGAGAAACAAGCCGGAGGCGAUGGAUAUCAUUCCAAUGUUGCGUGCAGCCGCUGAAAGCGAUCGAGAUGUAAUGGAAAAGGGACUGAAAGCAUUCGUAUCAUAUUUUCGAGCGUACAAGGAGCACCACUGUAACUACAUUUUCCAGUGGAAGAAACUGCAGCUUGGCAAGAUUGCCAUGGGCUUUGGUCUCUUGCAGCUACCUUCGAUGCCCGAGUUAAAACGAGGCAUUUUCACGUCGCAGCAUUUUGUCCCCGUCGAGGGUAUAGAUUUCAGUGCUAUCAAGUACCGUGACAAAUCGCGGGAGAAGCAGAGGCAGAGGGAGCUAAAAGCUGCUCCUUCCAGACGAAGCAAGCCUGAGAAAAGUUCCAAACAAGACAAGAAGAUCGCUGCUGUGAAGAGGAUCCCCGGCAAGAAAAGAAGCUUGAGAGACAUGGAAGAGCUAAGCGAAGAUUACCGGCAGUGGAAGAAGCAGCGACAAAAGUGAGCUUCCUCACACUUUGCUGAGAACGGCUGGAGGCGCGUCCAAGCAUGACUUAGUGACGAAGCUUUGUAUCGACUUUCACUUCCUCCACUUUCGGCCUCUUGGGCGUUGGCUCCCGAGGUUGAUCUUCGAGA